GCAUUAAGGCUUUAAUAGCAAGCAAACUGCUUUCUUUGGCUAAUGGUACAUCUCUUCUAUCUCCAUGAUGUGGACAGUCUUCAGUCUGGUUCUUGUCAGCUCCCUUUUUGUACUCAAAAGCGAGGCGCUGCAGUGUUACACCUGUGUAGGUUCUAGCGAUGAAGACUGUAACAGACAAGGGACUCAGCAAUGUCCGGGGCAUUCGGAUGCAUGUGCGGUCAUUAGAGGGCAAGCAAGCGGCGUUAUGAAGUCCUGUUCGUUCAGGUCCUUCUGCGAGCGGGCACGGAGGGACGGGUCCAGGGCGCCUGGGGUGAGCCUUCACUGCUGCUCCUCAGACGGCUGCAAUGCAGACAGCCUGGCCGCAGGAGCCACCGCCUCCACCAGCUACUUCUCUCUCCUCGUCUUCACGCUGCUGUGGCACCCGUUGUUGAAGCUGACGUGAGGGGGGGGUGGUAAAAAAGAGUGCCCUGAAGCAACAAGUCUGCCUUUAUAGAAAGGGAUGAUUAUAUCUCCUAAUCAUGUUAUCCAUGUACCGUAUUUCUCUAUUAGACCUGACGUUCGGGUAAAAAUUGUUCCAUCUGCUAAAUAUGUCUUGACCUGUAUGUAAGAAACACUGCCCUUUUCUUGUUUAUCAUAAGGGGUUGAUUGUGCAAAUAUGUAACAUUUUCCUACAAUUCAGAUAGUACAUGCAAAGAAGGGAGAUCUUAACUGCAAUUAGCCUUGCAGUAGGGUAAGGGACCAAUAUCUUCCAAAUGCUGUUUACUGUUGGCAGACAUUCAAAAGCAAGCUAAAAUUUUUGAGCACAAAGUGACUGAAAAUUCUAGCAAGCGAAUUAGUCUUUCAGAGAACAUUUGUCAACUGGACAAAGCCAGAAAACUUGAAAUAAAGAUGAUUUAGUGUUAAUACAAACUGGUAAGAGAAGGUCAUUAAGAGAACAAUGAAUUGAGGUUUGUUAUAUUAUGUAUAUUUCCUGGAAAAAAUCCUUACAGUCUUCUCUUUCCUGAUCCUUUGAGAAUCUUACCACAACACUGGGAGAAAAAAAAGAGCUUGAGCGGGUAAGCUCCCUCCAAGGAUCAGCUUGUUCUAUCACUACUGCUGUUUUGAGAACGAGUGGUUAAUCUCACUUUUGUAGGCAAAUUAUAACAUCAGUAAUAAGAUUUUUGUUUAUCCAAAUUCUUGCUAGUUCAACUAUGUAGUUAAUUCUUCACUGUCCUAAACUUCAUUCUUUGAGAGUAAGAGUAUAUAUCCCCCCCUUCAAUUAUGUGAUUGAGUUGAUCUGUGAUGGUUUAUAUGUCCUUUUCAUUUUGCAAAGUGAAUGGAAUUACUUGAAGAGCUUUAGAGAUGUAAGGAACUAAAUCAGCAUUUUUAAUAGUCCCAUUCAUCACAGUCUAACCAAGUAAAUGAUCCAGAAUGGGCCGCGUUGUAGAAGACAUUGUGCAUCACUAACUAGUAGGCAGACGGGCCUUUGAAGUGGUUAUGUUGAACCUAGGCAAGAUGAGAAGUGACAGAACAGACAAUGUGAUGGCACUAAGCGGGGUCUUGGGUCUGUGACAUUGGAGAGCAGAGUGGUACCUCCUUUGAUUCAAAACUCAGAGGGACAGGCAAGCAGCUCAGUGAUAUUUGUGGAUUUUUAAUGUCCAACUGUGAUGAUCUGGUCUAACCUCUGGCACACUGCAUGCAUAGGACUGGUUGGGGCAACUGAAGUAGAGGGGGUCUUUUGAGUUCUGGUAUUAGUUGCCCACUUAGAAAAAUAUUUGGUCAUCAAGCUUACAGAACUCACAAAACGUGGGAAAAUAGUUUUUCCACUACCUUGUGUUGUGACUUCUUUUUCAGUAGAAUUCUCCGAAAAAUCAAUUCUAGGCUGUGUGUCAUACAGUUCUGCACGUUCACAAAAAUUUUAGUAAGGUUGUGAACUCUAGAGCUGCUUCAAGUGAAAUGGGUGAAACCUCCACGUAGAGUUUAACCCUAGCCUGCCUUGUAGCAUUUGCCUGUCACACGGACCAAACUGCCUCCUUGUUUUAUUGUACUCUUUCCUCUCUAUGGAUCCUUUCAUCAUCAUAUGUAGAUUGUGGCUUCAGACUGGGACUAUUCUCCUGCGGUUUUGUUCAAAUGGGCUCUCAGACAAGGCGGUUGUGGUCUAUGCUUAGUUGCUAGGCACAAGUCUGAUAAAGCUGUUGAAUAUAAAGAUUGCAACAGUGCAACAUCUUGGCUGAGAAUGUUAAUUUAAAAUUAAAUACCUCAUCUGUGUAAAAAUCACUUAAGUUGGCUUAAGUGUUUUUCAUUCCAUUUUCAGCUUGUAUCAGUUCCUUCAAUCUCUUCUGCUACAGGAAAUAUGUAUUGAUUGUAUCUUUAUUUUCUGAUCUGUAAUGAUAAAUCUGUAUUGAAUGUAAUCUCUGUAUAUGCUCAGUGCAUUUCCUUAAUGAGAAAAUAAAAUACAUGCAAUGGCUGACAA